UUUAUGUUUUCUUUAUUCCCAGCCCCCAAACCUUGAACUAGUAAAAACCAAACAUAAAAUUAAAACCGGCAUUUCAACAAAGCCACCAUUACUCACCGCAUUCAAACCUAAAACGUUAAGUUUAACACCAAAAAAAACUCUGCCUAACUGCACGAACCGGAGGAACCAAAAUGGUAUCGGAUUCGGAGCUGAUCGAGCGGCUGCGAGAGUUCCUGAGCGCGUCGGACCUCAACACGACAACGACGGCGAUCGUGCGCCGGCGGCUCGAGGAGGAUUUCGGCAUCGAUUUGUCUGAUAGAAAGGCGUUCAUAAGAGAACAGGUCGAUGCUUACAUGCAAAGCCAAUUCGAAAAUGCUGCGGAUAACGAAGAUGAAAUUAAUGUCGAAGCAGAUGAGAAUGAAGGAGAUGGAGAAGAGGAAGACGAGGUGGAGGUGGAGGAAGAGGAGGAGCAAGUGGAAGAGGAUGAAGGAGCAAAAGAUUCAACCGCCGGCCGCAAAGCAAAAUCCUCUGCCAAGAAAACUAAGAAGCGAUCUAGAAAGGAGGUCAAGAAAAGAGGUGGUGGAGGGUUUACCAAAUUAUGCAGCCUUUCUCCCGAGCUUCAGAAAUUUACCGGAGUGCCUGAACUGGCACGGACAGAGGUUGUGAAGCAAAUAUGGAGCUAUAUUAGAGAAAAUAAUUUGCAAGAUCCAUCCAACAGAAGAAAUAUCAAUUGUGAUGAAACAUUGCGCGAUCUUUUUGCUGUAGAUACCAUAGAUAUGUUCCAAAUGAACAAGGCUCUUGCAAAGCACAUAUGGCCCUUGAAUUCUGAUGGUGCAUCUUCAGCCAAUUCUGCACCGAAAGCAAUACAACAGAAGCAAGAGAAAGAGAAAGAUGAAGCAUCUUCAGCCAAUUCUGCACCGAAAGCAAAACAACAGAAGCAAGAGAAAGAGAAAGAUGAAGUGUCAGAUGAAGACGAGCCGAAGAGAAAAGAAAAGCGAUCUAGGGGAAAUCCGGGCUUGCUUGCUCCUCUUAAGCUUUCUGAUGCUUUGGUGAAGUUCCUUGGCUCAGGGGAAAGUGAACUAUCUCGUCCAAAUGUUGUUAAGAGAAUUUGGGAUUAUAUCAAGCAACACAACUUACAGAUUGCAAACACAAAAAAAGGAGAGGCACAAAUCGAAAAAAAAGAGGUUGCCGAGGGUAAAGGAAUUCUUCACUUGUCUUCUGGCAAUGCAGACUUUUCUAAGUUUUCGUGGCAAAGUAAAAUGCCCGAAAUUGAAAGAUGCUUCACGGAAGAUAUGAAACUUGCUUGGAACAUCUCACAGCCUGUCUGCAUACGAAUACCACAGGAAUUUUUCGACCAUGAAUAAAUUGCAAUGCAAGUUGUGUUCCUUUUUUGACUGUUUGAUCGUUUCAUAUGAAGCAGAUGCAAAGUGGAAAACAUGUAGUUUUCUCGCUGAAGAGAAAGGCAGACAUGAUUCAUAGCAACUGGGAUCAUAGGCCACUGCUUUGCUGUGUGGCGAACUGCGUGUGCUGGAAAAUGCUUCUAGAAUCUUCUUUUUUC